UUUUUUUCUUACAUUCAAAUCGCAUUAUGUUUCUUUGUUUAUCUCUUUUGUUCCCCGUCCACAUUUACACGGCCUCUUCCCCUCGCCGCCUUUCAAUUAUCAAAACUGCACGGGACCAACAACACAAUCCACGUGCAGUUUGCGACUUGAUAUCCGACUUCAACCAUGGCAGUCAUCGACGGUCUUCCAGGCGUCAGGGUGUCCAUUCGCCUCAAUGGCUCAGAAGAAGAUUGUCCCGAACAUGACGAUCCUAACCCUCCCCAAACCUCAGCAAGCAGCGGCGCUGCAACUCACUCCAUCGCGAAAGUCAUCGAGAGCCAAGACGAUGCAAACUUUUCUGUCCACUUCGAGGUCAAAGAUGCUCGCCGUUGGGCAAAAAACAAAAAAGGACUUAAAUUGUCUAUUCACAUCGACGGGAAGCGUUUCGCAGCCAAGGUAUACCGUAAAUCCGAACUCCAAGGCCAGGUUUUUCGGCGGCAUGUGGAAGGAGUUACCUACGUUUCAUCCAACCCCCGGCAGUUCAUUUUGAAGCCUUUCAUGUUUACCAAAAUCAAACAAGUCGAUGAGGGUGGUGCUCGCGUCGUUGAGGACCUGAAAGUUGUGAAGCAUCUUGGCAAUAUUGAGGUCACCAUAUGCCGUGUCGACAACAUACGCAGAAAAUCAGUACUCAAGAAGUCAAGUAAUGUAACAACGAAGACGGAGCUGGCAGAGAAAGCUAUGAAGGGCAAAAAUUUGUCACAUGGGACGAGUUUCUCAGAGGGACGAAAUACUCCCAAGACAAACCCUGUGAAGUUUACAUACCCUGAUGGGGGGGUCCAACUUGCCCGGUUCAAUUUCCGUUACAUGUCCAAGAUGGCUCUCCAGAUUGAGGGGAUUAUCCCUCGUGACCCGUCUCCCGAAUCCCCACCCGAGACUCAACCUCGAAACGCCGCAGAUCUUCCCAUGGAAGAAAUCCAGAGACUGGCACAGGAACGUCUCGACCAGCUGCUGGAGAGUAAGGCUGGUGUGAAACGGGAGGCAGACGAUGAUAACGAACUCCGCAUGCCCAAAGUAUACAAGACCACUUCAGAUGGUGCCAUCGAUCUCACCGAGUGAACCGAUUAUCGUCGGACGACUUCUGAGGUAGAGCAUGAGAUAUCAUGAAGAAUCUGGGAGGUGGUAGAGUAUGAUUACUUGGUUGAAGAGCAACAGAGAUGGUAUGCUUGUUUCGUUACUUGGUCUACUGGUUUCAUGGGUAAUAAGACACAAAACUACAUUGACAUUAUGGCUUAUAUGAGGCCCACGACUUGAGCAAACGGUAUGGGGAUUUCUUGG